GUUACUCUCACAGACAUGAGAGGACCUUUAUCCCAGAUUCGUGUGAGUUUAGUCGCUUCUCUUGGUGCAGGACAAAUCAUCUUUCUUGCUGGGAUUGGAGCAACUAAGAAUAAGGGAGGUUGCGUUACAGUGGCAGCCCUUGUGCAGUAUCUAUUGAUGGCCGCCUUCUGCUGGAUGUUUAUCGAGGGAAUUUACCUCUACUUGUUUGUUGUGAAAGUUUACAACGUUGGUAACAAUUUAAAAAUUUGCCAUGGAGUCUCUUGGGGCCUUCCUGCGCUCAUUGUUGCCAUAUCUCUGAGUAUUGCAGCGGGAAAAGAUGGGAUCGAAAGUUUUGUGAGUGAAAAAUACUGCUGGAUGUCUCCGGCCAAUGGUCUGAUCUGGAUAUUCAUAGUGUUUGUUGUGCUUGUUGAAUUUUUCAACAUUCUGAUCCUCGGCCGGGUUAUCAAGGAAAUGACGACUAUGCAACAAGAGAAAGACAAACACAGCACACAAAUAAGACUUGGUGUAAAGGCAUGCGUAGUAAUGAUUCCUCUGCUAGGAAUCUCGUGGUUAUUUGGGUUACUAUCACCAUUGCAUAAAGCUUUCGCUUACAUCUUCACGAUCUUCAACUCUACACAGGGUUUUUUCAUCUUUCUUCUUCACUGCGUGAGGAACAGCGAGAUAAGAGCUCGUUUGACAAGAAGGAUUCAGACGAUAUUCCCAGCAAUGGACGAUGGGACAAGCACGAAACGAAUUUCCGUAGCUCCCUCGGACGUAAAUGAGGAGGCCACAGCCAUUGCCGCCCUGAGAAAAGUAAAUGUUCAGUCACUGAAGGACGGCGAAAAGACAAAAACAGUCUCCAACAAAACCUCCAUGUAGCUGCAGAGUUUUAAUCUAUCCUAGCGUUGAUUGUAUAGAGGCUAACCCUUUUACAGGCAAACCUGAGAUGAUUACGAUAAUUCUUGAUAGCUGGAAAGGACAUCAUGAGAAUUCGAUCAUGUGUCCCCUUAAUGAAUAAAUAAAUGAGUUCUUAUUACGUGGAAACGAGGCAAAAGCUGAUAGUUUGAGGUGCUCUCACAUCACUUACAUUGUACAUUACAGUGAUAGUUGAAAGUGUAAUAUCGUAGUACGGCAUAGUCAAGCAAAAUAUCGUAAGUUGUGAAUCUUACUAUAGUUAAUAACAACUAUUAGUAUAUACUAAAAAAGUGGAUAGCGUUGAAGGCGCGCUCUGAUUGGCCUGUCAAACUCCGAAUAUCCUUUGCUAUUUACCUCCGAGCAACUCGGGGAAAAAUGGCGUGCCGGUUUCCAUCCGUGAUAAGCGAGUAAAUCUCUCAAAUAACGACAAAGCAGUCGCUGAAAACACAGAGAACGCGACUAAAUUUGGUUUGGCCGUGUUUAAAGGUAAUGGUAACCGGGAGUUUAUCGAUAAAAAGCAAUGAAAAAG